AUGGAGUCAGGCUCAGUAUCAUCUGGAGAAAAGAAAUUCCUAGCAUUCUUGAUUGAUUACAUCGUUGAAACAAAUCCAGGAGAUCUUUACACAAAUAUCAGUAAACUGUCUCAACAUAUGUUGGACAAUAUGCCUGCUAAGUGCGAAGAAAACUUGUAUAGAAAACAAUACGGUAACUUGAAAGAUUGCUGCCUCUAGGGUAAAGGCAUCAUGCAAGUGCUAAAUCUUGAUGGAACAUGCUUCAGAAUGAAAAAGCAUCAAGAGGUAGUGAAGGCAUAUGAAAACGGUGUAUUGACUGAAGAUGCCUAUUCAAAGUAUCUCUAAGGAAGAGAGAGUUACUUAUUGAAACAUUUGGGAUUGAUGAAGGAAAAUGACAUGAAUCAAUGCAUAAAGUGUGAGUAAAGAUAUCACAAUAGGGCUAAUUAACCAGGUCAAUGUAUUACUGAUAAUGGGGCUCAUGCACCAUAAUAUGACUUCACUAAGGAUGAAAAUGUUCUUAAUUGCGAAAUCUGA